AGUCGGAGAGACCGAACGAGCGUUAGACGUGAUUCUUGAGGUUGCGUCCAACCGUUCGCUUGUGUGAUGUGCUGUUAAAAUGUUAUCAUAGUUCUGUAAAACAACUGUAGCGAGUUACACGCAAACCCAUAGAUUACUAUAAAUGGAAGUUCCAGCAGCUGGUCUCGCCUGACCAGAGCUAGUGUGAUAUCGCAACCUUGGAAAAAGGGCAAAGAAACACGGAAAUGUCGAGUUCUGGUAAUACUUGAUAAAAUAUUUCGAUUAGCCGUUAUGUUUUUGUAGCGAAUAAGUAAGCUUUCUAUUAUUAAGUAGUAAUUAGUGUUUAAAGUAAAAUUGCCUUGCUAAAGGAUUGGCCGGCAGCAGAGUACCCUCCAGUACAUUCAUGACCCACAUUGUACGGUUUUGGCCAUGAAUCAUGCUUACACGCAAGCUCAUUCACCAGCAAAGUUCUCCCUCGAUCCGCAAAAGGCGCGCGAAAAUGCUUAUCAGUGGGUGAGGAAAGGUGGCCAUCCACGCGACAUUGUAGUUCGGAUGCGCUUUUUACCUGUUGCAUUUUUUUCCCCCGUCCAACCGGUCCUGUACGUGCGUGACGUUGCGAGAACCUUCAAGACACACAGGCUGGGCUCUACACGCGCCACUUACGGGGAGUGUAUGUGUGAGUGGAGCAACAGCCCUUAUCUUAUCAGCCGUGAGUGCAUUGAGUGAAAGGGAAGAGCACAGGAGCAAGAGGGUUUGAAGCUGUCCGAAUGCAUCCGUGAUGCAGCCUCGACUCUCUGUUUACCCCCGACGUGAUCGCGCCCGUUGAUCCGCAGGUACUGGCGCGGCGGCGGCAGCUGCGGCGGUCUGUGCCUGUUCGUACCUGUUUGAAUAUUUUGCCCCGUGCUAGCGACUGCUCUCGAUCCAGUGUGUAACGAUUCGUCUUCCAGCGCGCAGCAAGCGGCCUCGAUCACGCCACACCGUUCAUCCGUUCAGUUCAGUGAAAUACCACCCGCCCUCUCUACUAUCUAGAACCCCAGGAGUGUUGCCAUUAAACUGCCACGCGUACGUGCACCCCGUCACAAAGUGUCUGACCCGUGGCGGAAAGUUCAAAGUGAAUCAAUAAUUAAUCGUCAAAACAUAAAGGAACAAGCAAAAAAAGACCCUUUACUACCGCGAUUAGCACACGAUUCCUCUAAGUGAAAACGAAUCUCUUCCCUUAUCGCCGAAACGCCGACGCGGCUACCCGAAACGGCCGUUUCACCGAAAAAGCCUAUGAAGUUGUGCGGCACGUGGCGAUCGCGCUCCAUCGCACUUUCCAUCCAGCAAUCGCAGUGUGCAGACGGGUGUGCUGAGGUCUGAGGAGUCGGCUCCGGCGGCGACAGCUAAGUCUGGCUGGUGCAUCUCGUCUGUCCCGGCGGGCCACCACCCCCACCCGUGGUAGUCGGUGUCUGGAGCGCAUCGCGGCACGAGCAUGCGCAAGGAGCAGCUGGCCUACGCAGAUGACAAUUUUGCACCGCUGGCGUAGGGUGCCAACGCGGGAACCUCCUUAGGUAGGCGGCCUACUGCGCUUCCCUAACACCCGUUCGACGCUGCUUUUCCAACCAACCACCUAGUGCCGACGAUUACUAGACCAACGCAAGAGUGUCAAUCCAUCUCGAACCGAAUCGACGCUGCUUUCCCGAAUACAAUCUUCAAUUCCGCCGCCUCCUCUAUGGGCUAAGGGUUUGCGGGCCAGCGAAGGCACCGCUGCAGGCUCCCGACAUCCUUAUAUUGUUGCCAACCUUCCACCCCUCCCAGCCAGCAAUGUAUCAGGCCGCGCGCACCGUUGCGGCGUCGAGCUCGAGCCGGCUGCACUCCCCCGUUGCCUGGAGCCGCAAGUCCGUGCAGGAGGGCUACUACGAUCUCGAGGCGGGCGAAACGGAACGAACGCCCCUGCUGUACGUGCGGGACAAUGGACGCUACCGGGCGAAGAGCCUGCACCGUGCCAACGAUCCGAACCGGGUGCAUCCAGUCGCGCUGGGGCUGAUGGUGGCGCUGCUCGUCUUCCUGCUGAUCGGUGUCGUGAUCGGCGUCUAUCUGCUGCUGCUGACGGUUCAACGGCCCUGGCCCGUAUCGCAUCCGUUCUUUUUGGUCGAGCGACCCGCCUGGUGGCAGUAUCCGGUGGCGCUCGAGGCGGCCACCCUCGACCGGCUCGCCGUUACGAACGUGAUCGUGCUGCACACCGACUCGGAGGAUUGUCUGGAUCAGGAGCGCUGUGUGCGCUACCUGCAAAACACCGAGCGGAGCUGCUGGGCGGCACGGCGUGACCACAUCCCGUACAACUUCUUGAUCGGCGGGGACGGUGUGACGUACGAGGCGCGCGGCUGGAAGAGUCAGCACGGGUUCGUCGAUCUGCCCGGCCGCAACACAACGCUCGUGGUGGGCAUGAUCGGCAACUUCACCGACCGUCAACCGGCGGAAGUACAGUACGCCGAGCUGAAGGCUUUCAUCACCGAGUCGAUCCGGCGGCUUAGCCUCUCGCCCCAGUACCACCUGCACGGAGCAGUCAAUGCAACGCGACCCUCGCGAGACGGUACAAUCGCGCUGUACAGUCAGCUGGAGCGAUGGCCACACUGGAAGGGGUUCGUCGCUCGCGACCUACCCUGAUCAUCGUUUGCGCCAUUUUCGGACACCGCGGAAGUAAACUGCGCUGCGCUUUCUGUGGGACAUAUUUUAUUAGGCCAAAAAGCUGUGUAGAGGUUUUCCUUGUACCCGAUAGGCUCACAAGUACAUCUCCGUGUCGUUCUUGCCAUAUACAUAUAUAUUCUGAGCAUCUUCCUUUGUUUUGUGAGUGUGUGGUCCCACUAAAAUCAACCUAAGUCCGCGGGUAUGGGCCCGUUCGGGUAGCUCUAAAAGUAUUACAUUGUGCCUAAUGCUAGACGCCAUUCGGUGGCGUGCCUUAUACGUUUCGUGGCCAGAAAGCGCACUCGAAUACACACUCGAAAAACUUCACUCACUUAAGGAAAAAAAGUAGGGAAAUUAACAAAACAUGGGGGCGAUAAGAAAAACACUGUGAAAAUAGUAUAAAAAAACCAACGAAACGAUAAAAAGAAAAAAGAGGAAAAUACACAAAAAACAAAGAAGUUUAACAGCUACCAA